CUCUUUCCAGGCAGAAACCGCUUUCAAUAAAAAGGUAGGACGAAAAACUUCCAUCGCUCCAAGAUUUACCAAGAAAUCGAAGCUAAAGUUAUCAGAGUAUUUGAGAAAUAUGGCUAGUCCUGAAGUAGAAGCGCAAUUGGCUCCCCUGCGUAUUGCCGUGAAGGAGUACGGAGAUCUAGUCCGGCAAUUAAAAGAACAGGGUGCUCCAAAAAUCGAUAUUGACAAGGCGGUUAUCGAACUAAAAGCGAGAAAGAAGAAGCUAGAGGACACGGAGGUGGCACUUGCUCCGAAAGAGGCGUCUUUCGACCGUUUGAAGCUUGAAGAUCUACUGAAGAGGCGCUUCUUCUACGACCAGUCGUUCUCGAUUUAUGGGGGAGUGACAGGACUAUAUGACUUUGGUCCUAUGGGAUGCGCGCUUAAGGCGAACAUGCUGCAAGAAUGGCGCAAGCAUUUCAUUCUUGAAGAGGGAAUGUUGGAAGUUGACUGUACUUCGCUUACACCUGAACCGGUGCUCAAGGCCUCUGGUCAUGUGGAUCGUUUCGCUGAUUGGAUGGUGAAGGAUGUGAAAAAUGGAGAGUGCUUCCGAGCUGACCACCUUAUCAAAAAUGCAGCUGAAAAACUAAUUGGUGACAAGAAAACCGAUGAGGCCACAAAAUCUGCUCUCCAAGAUGUCCUAGCUCGUCUCGAAGGGUUCGAUGAUAAGGACAUGCAAGAAGUGAUUACGAAAUUCGGCUUCAAAUCACCAUCUACCGGAAAUGAGCUAACUCCUCCAAUAGCUUUCAACUUGAUGUUCCCAUCACAAAUAGGACCAACAGGGGACUUUAAGGCUUAUCUACGGCCCGAAACUGCUCAAGGUAUUUUUGUCAACUUCAAGCGGCUGUUGGAGUUUAAUCAGGGUAAGCUGCCGUUCGCUGCGGCUCAAAUUGGUCUCGGAUUCCGUAAUGAGAUCUCACCGCGUCAGGGUCUCAUCAGGGUUCGCGAAUUUACCAUGUGUGAAAUCGAGCAUUUUGUGGAUCCUAACGAUAAGAGCUUCCCGAAGUUUAAAAAGGUCCACUCUUACCCGGUGGUGCUAUUCUCUGCCUGUAACCAAAUGGAUGGUCAGCCGGCUGUAUCGAUGACUAUAGGAGAAGCUGUAGAUAAGGGUAUAGUAGCCAAUGAGACUUUGGGAUACUACAUGGCUCGCACUCACAUGUAUCUAGUCAAGGUUGGGGUUGAUCCGCGUCGUUUGCGUUUCCGUCAGCAUCUUGGAAAUGAAAUGGCGCAUUAUGCUCAGGAUUGCUGGGAUGCCGAAAUUCUGACCAGCUACGGAUGGAUUGAAUGUGUUGGUAACGCAGAUCGCUCUUGCUACGAUCUGACCCAGCAUUCCAAAGCUACAAACACUAAGCUGGUAGCCGAGAAGAAAUUGGAACAGCCGAAAACGGUUGACGUUGUUGAAAUUCAAACAGCGCUCGUACAAAUGUCUGAGGAGUGCAUAGAGGACCUCGAGAAGCAGAUCAGUACAGGGGCAUUCAAGUUGAAAGUGGAUGAUGACGAGUUCUCCCUUACAUCAAACAUGCUGUCCGUGAAGAGGUCAACGAAAACGGUUCACGUCGAAGAGAUCACUCCAUCGGUAAUCGAACCAUCGUUUGGAAUUGGACGGAUCAUGUAUGCCGUCUUGGAGCAUUCUUUCAGGCAACGGGAAGGAGACGAACAGAGAACGUUCCUUGCUUUACGGCCACGGGUGGCGCCAAUUAAGUGCUCAGUUCUACCAAUAUCUGCAAAUGAAAGGCUAAAUCCGAUAAUAGAUGCAGUUCGUGAGGAGCUUUCACGAUAUGAGCUUAGCUAUCGCGUGGAUGACAGCGCAGGAUCAAUUGGACGGCGAUACGCACGAACAGAUGAGAUUGGAAUUCCAUUCGGCGUUACGGUAGACUUUGAAUCCGAGAAAGAGCCAUGGACAGUGACAGUAAGACAUGCCGAAAGCAUGGAACAAGUCAGAGUGGAUUUGACCGAACUCGGUAGUCUAUUGUUAGCGCUAUCUACUGAGCGGAUGGAUUGGGAAACUGCAAAGGCAAAGUACCCAAUAUUUGAGACCAAGAGUGACUGA